AUGGAAGAUGAUAACAAUAAUAAAAUAGUUCAGGAUGAGCCGGGUGAAAGUUACGAAUUCAAAUACAAUUUUGUCAACACACCUUGGGAUGAUAGAACUUUGAAGAGUAAAGUUGGAAUUGUCACCCUUCUUAUUGCGAUAUUUACAGCGACAAUGGCUUGCGUUAUUCAUAAUUUGAUUACGCAUUUCGAUAGAUCAUCUCAUCAUUUAAGUGAAGAAACAAACUGUAACUUGGUGAAAGUGGAUGAAUAUAAAUAUGUAGCGAGGAUUCAUUUGGUAGAAACUCAAGAGUUGCUGUGUGUUGGAGCUGUGCUUAGCCUUACUUCAGUUCUCGCAAAUAGCGUUUGUACGAAGUCAGGUCCUAUCCGCAUGCGCCUGGGGAGUCCAUCGGAUCCUCGAUGUAAAAAGGGAUUUUCAGUAGACGUUCUAGAGCCAGUAAAUUACGAAGGCGUGCUCUCCAAACUGGUCCUAUUAUCCAGCUAUGAGAAUAUGGCAGAAUGCGUACAGACCGCAAUUAAAGUGGGAAAUUCUGUGAACUGGAAAUCGCAAGCUUAUAUCAUUGGAAGACCUUUACGAGGUGGCAGAUCCUUGUCGCGACAGCCGGCCAAUCUAGUAGACCUCGAAAGCCAGAACCCCGGUUUUUCAUUGAGAAAUCCGAAUAUAAAGGAAACUAUCUGCGUAAUGGAUCUUGGAAAAUGCCCGGUGAGGGCUGGAGACCUGUUAGUUCAAAACGGUUAUCUUAUUGGUUUGGCCUCUACAAGUAACCAUGCCAUGGACCAAAGUAAACUGGCGUGUUUUGCUGAUAUACGAGUCGUGCGAAAGGGGCUGAACAAUAUAGAUUCUGACAUCAUUUCAGAAAAAUAG